AUUGAAGAAACGAACAUUGCUCGAUUUCCUUUCUCUUUGGCUCGUCUCUGCGAUCGCAGCAGCGAAGCAGCAGCAGCAGCAACAGGUAAAAUCGAGAUCGAGACCGGAGUCCGCACGAAGAAUCUGCAGCGAUGGCGGCCGCAGCGAGGCCUCUCGUGAGUAUCCAGGCCCUGGAUGGCGAAAGCGGAGGCGCAUCCACGACUCUGCCCAGCGUUUUGCUGGCGCCGAUCCGCAAGGACAUCGUCGAGUUCGUGCACGCCAACAUCGCCAAGAACAAGAGGCAGCCCUACGCCGUGAGCAAGAAGGCCGGGCACCAGACCUCGGCCGAGUCAUGGGGAACUGGGCGAGCUGUGUCGCGAAUUCCCAGGGUUCCCGGUGGUGGUACUCACAGGGCAGGACAGGGAGCGUUCGGAAACAUGUGUCGUGGAGGUCGCAUGUUCGCGCCCACCAAAAUUUGGCGCAAAUGGCACCGCAAGGUGAACAUCAACCAAAAGAGGUACGCUGUCUGCUCGGCCCUGGCCGCCUCGGCCAUCCCCGCCUUGUUGCUCGCCCGCGGUCACAAAAUUGAGAAGGUUCCCGAGGUGCCUUUGGUCCUGAGUGACACCGUCGAGAGCAUCGAGAAGACGUCCGCCGCCGUCAAGAUUUUGAAGAAGAUUGGCGCUAUGGAUGACAUUGAGAAGGUGAAGAAAAGCCACAACAUCCGCGCAGGUAAAGGUAAAAUGAGGAACAGGAGGUACAUUUCCCGCAGGGGACCUUUGGUUGUUUAUGGAACCGAGGGAGCUAAGUUAGUGAAGGCAUUCAGGAACAUUCCCGGUGUGGAGGUCGCCUCGGUAGAUCGCCUUAACAUUCUGCAGCUGGCACCCGGAGGUCACCUUGGCCGAUUCAUCAUCUGGACCAAGUCUGCUUUUGAGAAGCUGGACUCGAUUUUCGGAUCGUUCGAAGAGAAGUCCGCCGUGAAGAAGGGUUACCGUCUCCCCCGCUCCAUGAUGGGUAACUCUGACUUGGCCAGAAUUAUCAACUCUGACGAAAUCCAGAGCAUCGUGCGACCCAAGAAGACCGAAAUGAAGAGGCGCGUGCUGAAGAAGAACCCUCUAAAGAACCUUGGUGCCAUGUUGAAGCUCAACCCAUACGCCAAGACCGCCCGCAGAAUGGAGCUCAUCGCCCAGGAGCAGCGCGUAAAGGCCAAGGCUGACAAGCUGAAGGUGAAGCGAGCUACACCACAGGUCGAGGGUGCCACCAAGGAGUCGGUGAAGAAGUCUGGGGAGGCUUGGUAUCAAACUAUGAUUUCUGACAGUGACUACACAGAGUUCGAGAAUUUCACCAAGUGGCUCGGAGUUUCACAAUGAGGUUAUACACGCAUUGUCAGUUGCAAAAGUGUCAUGUAAAAUGGGGUAUAGAUUCACCCAGAGCCCGAAGCGCUUUUGUUGUACUAGAAGACAGUGCAUAUAAAGGAAUUUUGGGAAACAUUUUUGACCUGCUGGGCCUGACUUGAAUUUCGAUUGCAAAAUUUUGUUCUGUGAAGCAGUGCAAUAUGGUGGGUGUCUUGGCUGCAACUUCGUGUCAUCGUGUAGAUUUGCUCCCUUACCUGAGGCGGAUGUUUCCUUCCUCCCGGAAACGGGUGUGGCGCACGUGCUACAGUAGAGUAGGUCGAUUUUUCUGAAAGGAUUCUUACCCCGAUCCGGGCAUGGACCUGGACAAGAUAGAUAAUUAGGGAUGAGGGUCUGAACGAGCGGUUCCUGUUCGUGGAUACGGACCCCGCACUGUCCAUUUUGGUUUGUCAGCCCAAGUAUCCCGAACACGUGACAUUUAGUAAGGUCUCUGUAGCGUGUUGGCGGCUUACUUUAGAGGCGGCAGCAGGUGUUCAGUUUUAACACUAACCAGAUGAUCCACAACUCCGGAGGCAAGAGAAUUAUGUGAACACCCUUGUCCAUUGCAAUCUAUGAGAACAAUUGUGAUACUCUCCACAUUGUGUCU